AUGGAAGCCCCAAGCACCCUCAACAGCUACCUCUCCUUAGUCGAUGACUUCUUCCGAAAGACAUUUCGCGAGGACAGCUGCCUCUUCGUGGCCCUCAAGUCGCGGCAGUACUCGGAAUCCAUCCUUGGUGUGAACAUGUUUGCUAAGGAGGCGGCCACCAUAUCUGCUGAUGCGCCGUUCACCCCGAAGAUGGAGUCAGGAAGCAAGCUAGCAUUCGCAGCCGCGCCAUCCGUCGCGGAGAAAACUCCAACACGCGUCAAAAAUUUUCUUUCUCUCUCUCCUCGAAUGGCGCUGCACCGUGACGGUACAGCGGAUGGCAAGAUGAAGGUGGCAUAUGAGUUUUAUUUGCCGCGCGUGUGCCGACUGCAGCAGGCGCUCACUUUGAGCAGCCGCGGCACCGUCACCGUGGUGGGAAAUGUGAAGGAGCUUAUGGAAGGUCUCACAGCAGGUGUGCGAGCGUCGGUGAAUACCAUCAUGCCGGCCUCCGAGGACGUGACGCUGGGUCAGAUUCACUACAAGCGCGGCGACAAGUACUCGUCUCUCGCCUACCAGCGCAAUGGCCUUGGAAGCAGCAAUCUUCUGUUGGACUGCGGCAUCACCUUCUUCAACCUCCUCCUCGGAGCAGGGUUCGAGCGGCGACAGCUCUCUUUCCUGGAGCAGAGAGAGGGGUCCGGGCCGCUGGACGUCAUGUACGUGGGCGCCGGGUUCACUGGGGUGAACUGGUCCAUUGCCGCGAAAAUGGUCCGCUCGAACGAUGCCUGGUCGAAUGCGCGUCUGGCCUUGCUACAACGACUUUCGUCUAACACCGCUGUUGCGUGCCAGUACAACUUUGACCUUGUCGAGGCCGUUGCAAAGGUGUCUCUCGGUUUCACACAAGGGAUUCAAAUUCGAGUACCGACGUUGAUUCAGACCAAGAGCACCGCUCCGAUACUAGUGAGCACCUCUGGUGGCGCGCCGUCGUCACCAUUAACUCCGCAAGUAGCUGAGACUGCGCUGCCAGUGAUCCCCACGUGGAGCACUCCUGUCCCCUUCUUAGUAGCAGCAAAGGCUGAAAGCGACGGCAACUGCUCAGCGACGUUGCGCGGGCUCUUUAACAACUCCAUCCGCUGGGGCGUAGUGGUGCAAAAGAACUUACUCGAUGACACAUCUGUGGUCCAGUACGGUCUCACCCUCUCCAUGGAGUGCGACUCAUAG